CUCUCUCUCUCUCCCCAAACCCCUCGCUUUCUCUCUCACUCUCAUCGCCAUUGUUGCUCCUCGUUCGCCUCCUCUCGAUCCUCCCUCUCGAUUCUCCACGACGUUAACUGGGCAAACUCUAGCAAGCGAUGUUACCACAACCAUUAUGAAAAUAUUGUAGUGGAUGUUGUUCGACACCAUUAAAAUUCAACAUGUGGGCUUUGAGGAACUUCCAGAGGCAUUGCUUGAAGCAAAUGUCAUUUCUCCAUCGCAGGAAUUUUUUGGUUAGAGAUGUAUCACUGCAUACGCAAUCUAGCAAUGAUAUAAUGUCAAUACAGUCGAGAAUAACUUAUCCACCUUUGAUCUCUAUGUUGGAUUGUGUCACUGGGUCACGGCUUAUGUCAACCGGAGGAAGAAGCAUGCGGAGCAAGGUGGAGAAGAGAAUGCAAAGAGAAGCAGGGAAAACCCUAAGGGAGAUGAGACGUGCGAAGAAACUAAGGAAAAAGUUAAUGACAGAGGAUGAGAGGCUCAUAUACAACUUAAGACGAGCGAAGAAAAAGGUGGCUUUGCUCCUGCAAAAGCUCAAGAAGUAUGAGCUACCAGAAUUACCUGCUCCUCGACACGAUCCAGAGCUUUUAACUUCCGAACAGCUUCAGGCUUACAAAAAGAUUGGCUUUAGGAAUAGAAAUUAUGUCCCGGUUGGAGUUCGUGGAGUGUUUGGAGGUGUUGUUCAGAACAUGCAUCUUCAUUGGAAGUUUCACGAGACUGUGCAAGUCUGUUGUGACAACUUCCCAAAGGAGAAAAUUAGAGAGAUGGCGACAAUGCUUGCGAGAUUAAGUGGUGGGAUUGUCGUAAAUAUACAUAAUGUGAAGACGAUUAUAAUGUUCCGCGGAAGAAACUAUCGUCAGCCAAAGAAUUUGAUUCCCAUUAACACACUUACCAAGAGGAAGGCUUUGUUCAAGGCUCGGUUUGAGCAAGCCCUCGAGUCGCAGAAGCUAAACAUCAAGAAGAUAGAGCAACAGCUACGCCGCAAGGGGGUAAACCCCGAGGACCCAGUUGCUAUGGCUAGUAUCCAGAGAGUCGCCUCGACGUUCUUCCGCGCCAUCGAUGAGCAGCAAGGAACUCCAUAUGUUUUCCGUGCAGACCGCAAACCAGGUUCGGAGACCAAUGAAGUACAAGAUGAGCCACUUGAUCUGCCUUCUGAGGACAGUGAUCAGGAGGAGCUCGACCGCUUCAUCGCGGAGAUCGAGGAAGCGGCUGAUCAAGAGUGGGCGGAAGAGGAGGCAACAGAGAAGGAAGAGGCUACGAGAAUAAGGUAUUGGGGGAAGGACGAUAUGGGAAUGAGGAGGAAUAGUGCAAAUUGGAGCGAAGAAGAUUCGGCGGAAGAUAGAGGCCAUGGGAGAUAUAGGAGUGGUGGCGAUAGGCGAAGAAGUAUGGAUAUUCGGAAGUGGGAUGGCGGGGAUGAGAUAUCCGAGGGAUCGGAAAGUGAGGAGUUGGAGUCGGGGGAUGGCGGUGGCAGUGGUGACGACAAUAGUGUGGAUGAGAUCCCUCGACGAAUGGGAAGCGCGAGACCAAGGGAGGGAAAGGUUGGUCGUGGCGAAGGCUAUAAAGCCAGGGGCGGUGGUGGAUCGAGAGCGAUAACUAGCGAUAGAUUAGAUGAUGGUUCUGAUAGUGAUGAACUUGGGGACAUGAAUGAUGGUUUCUGGGAAUCUGAUGAUGACAGGGGAGAUGUUCGUUCGGCAGUUUCUGUACGUAACGAUGUGUAUAAUUACCUUAGUAGUGGUGAUGAAGAUGAUGGUGAUGAGUGGAAAAACGGAAAUAUGCAUGGUGAGUUGAAGAACAAAAAGAUUGAUGAGAGUUGGGACAGCGAUUAAAUUAACAAGCCGUUAAGAAUGUAGAUUGAAAUGAAGAUAAACGAGAAGAAAUUGAGUUUUGAAGUGCAAUCGGCUGAAACGUUAUCGUUCUCAUGUUGAGUCGCAUAUUUAUAUAAGGACAUAUGUCUUCAUAGCAACAUUGAGUUAACUAUCUCAAAGAUGGGAGAAGAGCUGUGCGAGCUUUUAUUCAUUUUUCCGAGCAUACUCUGCGGAAUUAACAUCAGUCGGCUCUUGAAUCAGCCAUCUAGCUGUUGCCGAUAUCUCUGGUGUGCGAAAAUUACUUUUGGACGGGGUUGCUUGCGCAAAUAACAUGGUUCCGAAUUCGGAUUGAUUUUUCCCUCUGAUUUCCGAGUCGCUUGAUGCAGGCUGAAAGACAUUCUGAGGUUUCUUUCUCAUUACAGCAUUAUUUUUAAAGAAAUUUGCUGGCAAAGCUUGAAUGUAAGAUACUAAAUAACAUUGUUGCAAACUUGCAAUACCUGAGUAUUAAUAGAACUAAUUUUAACAUGUGAAUACUCUUUGAACUU